AUGUGCAAGCUGCACUCUCAGUUUUGGGAAUUUGAUUCAUUUGCAUCCUCUGUGGGCUUCAGCAUUGUUUUUAAAAUGCGGACACCAGAUCUUUGUGUAGUUUCAAAUAUCUACCCCAUUAGUGCUACAUACAAAGGGAUGCCCUCUGCCUCUUUAUUAGUUUAUUUGCUUUUAGCAUUACUCAUUCAAUUUACAUCUGGAGAAACAGAAGUGAAGUUCAGUGGACAAACAGAAUUUGUAGUUAAUGAAACAAGUACAACUGUUAUACGACUUGUGAUUGAGAGGACGGGGAGGCCUGCUAACAUCACAGCAAUUGUGUCGAUUGAUGGAGAAAACACUGGGGACUUUUUUGACAUGUAUGCAGCUGCAUUUAUACCUGAUACAGAAACAAACCGAACGGUGUAUAUAUCUGUCUGUGAUGAUGAUCUUCCAGAGGCUGAUGAGACAUUCACAUUUUACUUGACACUACCAAAACCAUCUUCAAGGAUAAAGCUUGGCUCACCCAAAUCUGUCACUGUAACGAUCUUAUCGAAUGACAAUGCCUUUGGAAUAAUUUCUUUUAACAUGUCUGCCUUAAUCACAGUGAAUGAGCCCAGAGGCAGAAACGAAUUUGUGCCUCUCACUCUAAUCAGGGAGAGGGGAACGUACGGGACAGUCAUCGUAACUUUUGAGAUAGAAGAUGGACCAAACGCAGCUGAAGAAGACUUAAGCCCAGCUAGGGGAAAUAUUACAUUUAGCCCUGGGAGAUCAAUGCUGAUUUAUAAUUUAACAGUGCUUGAUGAUCAGAUACCUGAAAAUGAUGAAUUAUUUGUUGUUCGUCUGAGGAGCGUGGAGGGAGGGGCUGAAAUCAACAACACAAAAGAUUCUGUUCGGAUUCGUAUUAAGAAAAAUGACAGCCCUGUGCAUUUUGUUCAGAGUGCUUAUAUGGUGCCUGAAGAAGUUGGUGUGCUGGCAAUUCGUGUGGUUCGCGGCAAGGAUGACAGUGGAAAAUUAAUUGGACCUGAUGAAUAUGAAGUCUCUGUCAGUUACGCCAUCAUAAUGGGGGAUUUAACAGCACACGCACAGCUUAAUGUAGACUUCCUAGAUCUACAGCCAAAUACAACGAUUGUUUUCCCACCUCUAGUUCAUGAAACGUACAUGAAGUUUGAGAUCCUUGACGAUGCCAUACCGGAAAUUGCUGAGACCUUUCAGGUUAUGCUGCUGAAGGACACUUUGCGGGGAGAUGCUGUUUUGGUUAAUCCGUCUGUUGUUCAUGUCACCAUCCAACCGAAUGACAAACCCUAUGGAGUACUAUCAAUCAACAGUGUCCUGUUUGCUCAGGCUGUUAUCAUUGAUGAAGACCAAAUUUCAAGGUUUGAAGGGAUCACGAUUGUAAGAAAUGGUGGAACGCAUGGAAACAUUUCUGUUGCCUGGGUUAUAACCCGAAACAGCAGUGAUCCCUCACCUGUGACUACAGACCUCAUUCCAGAGACUGGGGAGAUACAUUUUGACCAAGGAGAGAUGCUGGUAACGCUUCCUCUGAACAUUAUUGAUGAUGAUACACCAGAAGAGGCAGAGCCCUAUCGUCUGAAACUCUUAGCUCAUACAAUACAGGGAGGUGCAGAAGUCAGUGAACCCUCUGAGCUUCUGUUUUACAUUCAGGACAGUGAUGAUGUUUAUGGCCUCAUACAGUUUCAUCCUUUGGAGAAUCAGAAGAUUGAAAGUAACCCAAUGGGACGCUUUUUAUCCUUGAGCUUCGCAAGGGAGAGAGGAACAGUUGGAGAUGUGCAGUUGGUUUAUACUGCACUGUAUAUUCCAGCUGGAGCUUUGGAUCCUGAGAGAGCGAAAGAUGGCAUUCUAAAUAUAUCUAGAAGAAGCACUCUCAUGUUUCCAGAAGGAAAAACAAAAGAUACUUUAAAUAUACCAAUAAGAAAUGAUGCAUUCCUUCAAAAUGGUGCUCAUUUCCUCAUUCAGCUGGAAAAAGUUGAACUGGUGAAUAGAAUUCCUCUAGUCCCAUCUGCAAGUCCUAGAUUAGGUGAGAUUCGAAAUAUUUCCCUGAGGAUUACUCCAGAUAUUGCAAAUGGAGAAAUAGGCUUUACUAGCAAUCUUCCAAUUAUUCUUUCUGAGCCAGAAGAUUCCCCUGCUACAGUGGUUUCCAUUGCGUUGCAUCGAGAUGGAACUGAUGGCCAAGCAACUGUGUUUUGGAGUCUGAAACCCUCUGGUGUCAAUCAAAAGGCAGUAACACAUGACGAUAUAAGUCCUUUUAAUGGCUCUGUUGUUUUCUUAUCUGGACAAAGUGAUACUACAAUCAACAUUACUAUUAAAGCUGAUGAUACACCUGAAAUGAAUGAAACUGUGUUACUAAUUUUGGACAGGGUCAGUGUGGAAAACCAAAUACUGAAAUAUGGGUUUACUACUUGUGAAAUUAUUAUUUUGGAAAAUGAUGAUCCUGGAGGAGUGUUCGAAUUUUCUCCCUCUUCCAGAGGUCCCUACAGUAUCAAGGAAGGGGAGUCUGUCGAACUGCAGAUUGUCCGCAGCAGAGGAAGCCUCCUCAGGCAGUUUCUGCGCUACACUGUAGAACCGAGAGACAAUAACGAGUUUUAUGGAAGCACAGGAAUUCUGGAGUUUAAGCCUGGUGAAAGAGAGAUCAUAAUUACUCUGCUGACAAGGAUGGAUGAGAUUCCAGAGCUGGACGAGAUGUAUUCUGUGGUACUCAGUGGCUACAGUGAAAUACCAGGCAAGCUGGGAAAUGCCACAACGGUCAAUAUAACCAUUUUGAAGAAUGAUGACCCACAUGGUGUCAUUCAGUUUCUACCUGAUGAACUAUCAGUAACAAUAAAGGAAAGUAAAGGAGAAAUCAUCUACGCUGCUGCCUACAGAGUUGCAAGAAGCCAAGGAAACUAUGGCAAUGUUAGUGUGUCUUGGGUUGUUGAUCCAGCAUGCACCAAUGACAUCUAUCCAGAACAAGGAACUAUUUUUUUCGAUAAUCUGGAGUUUUCAAAAAAUAUCACUAUUUACUCACUGCCAGAUGAGGUGCCUGAAGAGAUGGAAGUAUUCAUCAUCAGCUUAUUCAAUGCUACUGGUGGAGCCAGGCUGGGCAAUAUAACCAGUGCAAUUUUACAAAUUACAAGGAAUGAUGAUCCUAUUUAUUUUGCAGAACCCCUGACAGUGAGCGUUAAAGAAGGAGGUGCUGCAAACUUUACAGUCCUAAGGAAUGGAUCUGCUGAUGUUGCUGUUGCUGUCCAGUAUAUGACAGUUAAUGGAGAUGCAACAGCUGAAGAGGAAGACUUUGUUCCCAGUGGAAAGAGCAGCGUUAUUUUAUUUGAUGUUGGAGAAAGAGAGCAGAACUUAUCUGUAUAUAUUAAUGAUGAUGAUACCCCUGAAACUGAUGAAACAUUUUAUAUCUUCCUUUUGAAUUCUACAGGGGAUACUGUUAUCUUUAAGGGUGGAGUGGCUACAGUUAUUAUUGAAGCAAAUGAUGAUCCUAAUGGAAUUUUCUCCUUGGAACCUGUGGAGAAGCCAGUGGAAGAAGGCAAAAGUAACAAUUUUUCGGUUUUGAGACACAGAGGACACUUUGGCAAUGUCUCACUGACCUGGCAGCUGUUCGAUAAUGACUCUGCGCUGAGGCCAGGAGAAGAAUUCUAUGAAACUUACGGGACUGUGUACUUCAUGGAUGGUGAAGGAUCAAAGCCAAUAACACUCCGUGCUAUUUCAGAUAGAAUCCCUGAAUUCAAUGAAUUUUACAUUUUAAAGUUGGUGAACGCUUCAGGUGGGUCUCCUGGUCCUGGUGGUCAGCUAUCUGAAACAAGCCUUGGCAUAACCGUGAUGAUCCCAUUCAAUGAUGACCCUUUUGGAGUCUUUGUUAUAGAUCCGGAGAGCCAGGACAGAGAGAUAGUGGAAGAUGUUCUUUCUGAAGAUGAUCUUUCCUAUAUUACAGACUUCAUGAUCUGGAGACAGCAAGGCACCUUUGGUGUUGUUCGUUUAGGUUGGGAAAUACUGUCUAGUACAUUCCAGGAUGGACUACCAUCGAUGGUAGACUUCUUGUUGCUGGGAUCAUUUCCAAGUUCAGUACAAUCCCAGCCUCACAUGAGGCGUCGUCACAGUGGAACAGACGCUUUGUAUUUCAGUGGAAAAGAGGAUGCGUUUGGGAUUAUUGGUCCGGAAUACUCAUACAAAGGAAAUACUGCAGUAACCAAUUUCACAUUUUCAGCAUGGUUAAUUCCUAACGUCAGUACUGAUGGUUAUAUAGUGGAAAAGGAUGACAGUAAUGGGACCUUAUAUUACGGCGUGAAAAUCCAAAUAAAUGAUUCUCAUGUUACUGUAGUGCUUCAUUAUACAGCAUUAGGAUCCAAUAUGACAUACAUGGCUAAAGCAGCAGUCUUGAGAUAUCUGGAUGAAAAUACUUGGCUUCACCUUCUGAUUACUCUGGAUGAAAGUAUAAUUGAGUUUUACUUGGAUGGAAAUCCAGUUCUGGGAGGAAUGAAGAGCCUGAAAGGAGAAGCAAUUGCUGAUGGUCCAGGCAUAGUGAGAAUUGGAGCAGGAAUCAACGGCAGCAGUAGGUACACAGGCCUAAUGCAGGAUGUAAGGCUUUACGAGCGUAAAUUGACACGGGCAGAGAUCUAUGAACUCCAUGCAACACCUGCGAAGAGCGAUGUCCACCCUGUCUCUGGGUACUUGGAGUAUCGGCAAGGAGAGACCAAUAAAUCAUUCAUUGUGUCUGCAAAAGAUGACAAAGAGGAAGAAGGAGAGGAGUUAUUCAUCCUAAAGCUAAUUUCUGUGCGUGGCGGAGCUCGAAUUUCACAAGAAAAUACCACAGCAAGAUUAAGAAUACAGAAAAGUGAUAAUGCUAAUGGUUUAUUUGGCUUCACUGGAGCGUGUAUUCCUGAGACUGCUGAUGAGGGUUCUACUGUAUCCUGUGUCGUGGAGCGUACAAGGGGAGCCCUAGACUAUGUCUAUGUAAAUUACAUUAUCUCACAGGUUGAUUCCACUGGCAUUAAUUACUCUGUUACCGAUUUUUCUAACAGCAGUGGCACUAUCACAUUCCUUCCUUGGCAGAGAUCAGAGGUCUUAAAUUUGCAUGUUGUUGAUGAUGACAUUCCGGAGCUAAAUGAAUAUUUCCGUGUGACAUUAGUCUCUGCAGUGUCUGGAGAUGGAAAACUAGGUUCAACUCCUACCAGUGGAGCAAGUAUAGAUCCAGAAAAGGAAACUACUGAUAUCAGCAUCAAAGCCAGUGACCACCCAUAUGGUCUACUACAGUUCUCGUUGGGGCCACCUCCUCAGCCAGGUGAUGAAAUGAUUCUGCCAGCCUCUGCUGUGCCCCGUAUUACUGUUAAAGAAGAAGUUGGACACAUCACAUUACUGGUAGUUCGUGCACAAGGCCUUCUUGGAACAGUUCUGGUAGAAUACAGAACAGUGCCACUUACAGCUUUCAGUCCUAAAGAUUAUCAGGCUGUUGUGGGCACACUGGAAUUUCAGCCAGGAGAAAGAUACAAGCACGUGACUGUUAACAUCACUGAUAAUUCUGUUCCUGAACUAGAAAAAACUUUUAAAGUGGAGCUGUUGAACCCAGAGAGAGGAGUUGCUGAGCUCUUUAGAAAUGAUGGCAGUGGUAGUGGUGAUGGGAACAUGGAUUUCUUCCUUCCAGCUGUCCAUCAACAUGCUAGCUUGGGAAUUGCAUCCCACAUCCUUGUGACUGUUGAGGCUUCCGACGACGCUCAUGGUGUGUUUGAGUUCAGCGCUGAGUCGCUCUCGGUAAAUGGAACGGAGCCUGAGGACGGAGACAGCGAUAUUGUGCUGCAGGUCAUGAGAACGCAUGGGGCCUUGUCUCAGGUGACGCUGCGUUGGAUCGUAGUGUGUGAUCAUACCAAAGACCUGAUCUCUGCAGAUGGGAAUGUAACAUUUGAUGUUGGCCAAACGAGAGCAAAUAUUACGGUACAGGUUUCUCCUGAUGAAGUUCCUGAAUUGGAUAAGGUGUUCUCAGUUUUGAUCAUCAAUGUCUCCAGUGGUCGUCUUGGAAAUCAUACUAAUGCAACACUAACUAUUUUAGCUAAUGAUGAUCCAUAUGGAGUCUUCAUCUUUUCUGAGCGAAACAGACCAAUAAAAGUUGAGGAAGAAACAAAAAAUGUUUCCCUGACAGUAAUAAGGCGCGGUGGUCUGCUCGGUACAGUAAUGGUAACAUACAGAACUAUUGGCAACGAUGAAAAGUCACCCUUUCUUCCAACUGAUGUUGUUAGAGCAACAGAGGGAAAAGAUUAUCUACCCAUCACAGGUUACCUGAUCUUCACAGCCAGUGAAAGCGAGGCCACAAUAUCCUUGCCGGUUUUGGAUGAUGACGAUCCUGAGAGGUCAGAAUCUGUUUUUGUGGAGCUAAGCAGUAUUGUUUUGAUUGAGAAAGUACAGGAUCGGCCAAUUGCAAAUUCUCCUCGACUUGGAUUAGUGAGUGAGACAAUAGCUCAUGUAAUUAUCAAUGCCAAUGAUGAUGCUUUUGGAACACUUCAGCUUUCAGCUUCAACUGUGCGAGUUGCUGAAAAUUAUGUUGGACCAAUCAUUAAUGUGACCAGAACUGGGGGAAUAUUUGCAGAUGUUUCUGUGAAAUUUAAAGCAGUGCCAAUAACUGCAACAGCUGGCGAGGACUACAGUGUAGCCUCAUCAGAUGUUGUCUUACUAGAAGGAGAAACAAGUAAAGCUGUGCCAAUUUAUAUAAUUAAUGAUAUCAAUCCUGAAGUUGAGGAGUCAUUUUAUGUUCAGCUGCUGAAUCAAACAACAGGAGGAGCCUUGCUUGGAUCUUUGACUAGGGCCAUCAUAACUAUUGAGGCUUCUGAUGACCCAUUUGGAUCCUUUGUUUUUCAGAUUACCGAAUUCACUGUGGAGGAGCCUGAAUUUGGAUCAGUAAUCAUAAAUCUGCCAAUAAUCCGCAAUGCUGGGACGCUCGGUAAUGUUGCAGUUCAGUGGGUUGCUACCAUUAAUGGACAUCCUGCUGAUGCUGACUUGCAGGUCACCUUCGGUAAUAUUACUUUUGCCCCUGGGGAAGCCAUUCAGAUGUUGCUGUUGGAAAUCCUGGCUGAUGAUAUUCCAGAAAUAGAAGAAAUUGUCCGUGUAGAAUUAACUCAGGCCUCCAGUGGUGGUGCUAUUGGGUUAGAUGCCGUGGCAAAUAUUGUAAUACCUGCCAAUGAUAAUCCUUAGGCCACAGUUUUCUUUCAUCAACCCUUAUAUCGAAUUCAGGAGCCACUAGAAAGAAAUUUGCUUGCAAAUAUAACAGUCAGGCGAAGUGGGGGAAAGUUUGGUCAGCUGCAGAUAUUUUACAGCACGUCCGAGACUGACGUCGUAGCUCUUGCCAUUGAGCAAGGUCAGGAUAUCCUGGCCUGUUACGAGCCUCCUGUACAAGGAAUUCCUGACCAGCCAUCCAAGACCAGAGUGAAUGUGUCCACAGCAAGUGAUCCACUCUAUGCCUGUGCAACUCAGUGCCUAAAAGAACAAGCUUGUUCAGCCUUUGCAUUUUCCAGUGCCUCUGAGAUUCCUCUCUGCCUUUGGCUGACGUGGGAUAUCAGCCCAUUAACUAACACUUCAGGAUUCUGGACCUACAAGAAAAACAUUACCAGUGCGUCCGCUCUCUUUAGCACACAAGCCAUCGCUGGUAUUGAUUAUGAAUCUAUUACAGGACACUGGGCCAUAAUGUGGGAAGGGGAAGAGUUUGCAAAUCUCACAGUUACCAUACUCCCUGACAGUCUGCCAGAGCUGGAUGAGAAAUUCGCUAUAUCCCUUUUGAAAGUUGAACUUAUAAACAUCUCAGCCAGCUUAAAAAACCAACCAACUAUAGGACAGCCAAACACUUCCACAGUUAUCAUAAUGAUGAAUGGGGAUGCAUUUGGAGUAUUUAAGAUCUACAGUGUAAGUCCCAACACAACAGAGAAAGGUCUGUAUGUUGAAGUAGAAGAACGUCCUCAGACCAACGUGCAGCUAAUGAUACACAGGACAGAAGGCAGCCUGGGACAAGUGACAGUGGAAUGGCGUGUGGUUGGUGGAACUGCUACCCCAAACUUGGAUUUUGUAGGCGUUGGUGAGAUUCUGGUGUUCGCUGAAGGGGAAACAAAACAGGUGGUCACGCUGACCGUUUUAGAUGAUCCAGAGCCAGAGGAUAAUGAAAGUAUCAUAAUCAGCCUGGUCCAUACUGAAGGAGGAAGUCGGAUUCUGCCCAGUUCUGACACUGUCACAGUGAUUAUUCUGGCAAACGACAAUGUGGCAGGAAUUAUUAGCUUCCAGACAGCCUCCAGAUCUGUUAUUGGUCGUGAAGGAGAACGAUUGCCAUUCCAUAUUUUAAGAACUGCCCCAGGGUUGGGAAACGUUACUGUUGAAUGGAAGAUAGUUGGGCAUAACGUAAAACAAAAUUUUGAAAACUAUUCUGGAAUACUCUUUUUUCCUGAGGAGACAUUGAAUACAACAUUGUGUGUUCACUUGCUGGAUGACCAUAUUCCUGAAGAAAAAGAAGAAUACCAGAUCAUCCUAUACAACAUCAAAACAGAAGGAGUUUCUUCUUCAGGUGCUGCUGUUUUGGAUAGUCAAGGAUAUGAAGCUGUUUUGACAGUAGAAGCUAGUGAUGAACCACAUGGAGUCUUGAAUUUUGCUUCCCCAUCCAGGGUAGUUUUAAUUCCAGAGGAAAACAAAACAGUUCAGCUUUUUAUUAACAGAGAAUUCGGAUCUCUAGGUGCUAUCAAUGUUACGUAUGCCACAGUUCCAGGAUUGCUCACUUUAAGCAAUCAGACGGACGGGAUCUUGGCUGAACCAGGAGCUGAUUAUGUAUCUGUUUCUGGAUCACUGAUUUUGGAAGAAGGAGAAACAUCAGAUGCCAUAAAUAUUACUAUUCUAGAGGAUGACGUACCAGAGAUGCAAGAAUUCUUCUUGGUUAAUUUGACUUCAGUGGAGCUCAUCAUGAACCAUUCAACUUCAUCCCCACCUAGGCUGGAUGUGGAAGGUUUAGCUUCUCAAAUUAUUAUUGAUGCUAAUGAUGGAGUAAGCGGAGUAGUUGAAUGGGAAAGUACCAAUUUUGAAGUUAAUGAAUCUCAUGGGAAUCUGACGAUAACGGCAUACCGAAACAGGGGAUCAUAUGGCAAUGUGUCUGUAUUUUUUUAUGCCCAAAAUUUGGAGGCACAGCUGAGUUUGGAUUUUUAUGUGACCUCAAGGACUCUUUUUUUCACUGAUGGAGAAAAGAAUAAAUCUGUUUUUGUUACGAUUUUUGAUGAUGAAGUUCCUGAAGGUGAUGAGAAGUUCCAGUUAAUUUUAACAAAUCCCUCUCUGGGUCUGGAAUUAGGGAAGAACACAACAGCCACAAUUACUAUACUUGCCAAUGAUGAUGGCCAUGGAGUUUUGUCAUUCAAUAACAGCGAUCACUUCUUCCUAAGAGAGCAAACAGCUCUCCAUUUGAUGGAAAGUGUUGCAGUGUUAAAUAUUAUUAGAGAACCUCCUCAGGGGAUAUAUGGCACCGUGACUGUUCAAUAUCUUGUAAGUGAAAUUAAUUCUUCAGAGGCAUCAGUGGAUUUGACCCCUUCUCAAGGAUAUAUUGUGCUGGAAGAGGGAGUCAGAUUCAAGACACUGCAUAUUUCCGCAGUACUGGAUGAAGAACCAGAAAUGGAUGAGCACUUCGUUGUCACCCUGUUCAACCCAACUGGAGGAGCCAGGCUGGGCACAAGAGUGCAAACUAUGAUUACGGUAUUACAGAACCAGGCACCACUAGGGCUUUUCAGCAUCUAUCCAGUUACAAAUAGGACGAAUUUCCUCAUCGUUGAAGAAGCCAACACUACAGUUUAUUUGAAAGUUUUACGGAGUAAUGGGCUCAACGUGUCUGUGAGUGUCGAGUGGGAGACGUUGUCGGACACUGCGUUUGGCAUCAGAGGUAGCAUCAGUGUCCUGUCUGUCUCUCAAAGUUUUGUGGAAGAGUCAGCAUCCAGCUGGUGUUUCUUUACAUCAGGAGAGAUCCUGUAUGGUGUUCUGCUGCGCAUGCCUCCAGCUGUGUUUUCUACUGUCUACCAGUGGAAGGGAGUUUUUGUUCCUGUUGAGAAUUUCAGUAUGUGGAAUCCUAAGGGCUGUAUGUCUUUCCAAAUCCGUGCUUCUCCCUACCUUGUGAUUACUCACGGAGGAGCCAGGCAGGGAGCUUCCAACAACAGCGUGUAUGCAUUCAUGCCUGGACGCAGACUGUUGAAGAUACAGACUGUCUCUGUUGUGGAUACCACACAGCUGAAACAUUUUGUUGUGGAUGAAGACAAUUAUUUGAUUUUUGUGAGUCACACAACCAGUUCCAGUUCCGUACAGGUUUUCCAGUGGAAUAAGGAGAGAUUUGUGCUGCAUCAUCAGCUUCCACUUUACGGAGCUCUGAGCAUAGCCUUGUUUCCUAGAGGAGGCAUUAUGUACCUGUUAGUUGCUUUGUCAAACACCAGCCAGAACAUGCUCUUGUACCAGUGGCUGAAUAAUGAGUUUAGGAAUCUGCAUCAAGUACCAGUGAAAGAAAUAAAACAUAUGGAGGCCUGGAUUUCUGGAUCUGAUAUCUAUUUAAUUAUUGCAAAAGGUUCCUUUGUAGAAUCUGGAAAUUCUUCUGACAUUUUCAUCUGGGAGACAGGGCAGUCUACUUUUAGACACUUCCAGUCUCUUCCAGUCUGUGCUGUGAGAAACAUCCAUGUUUUCAUGCCUCCUUCAGGUUUAGUUCACAUCCUCCUGUCCGCUGAGGACACGACAGUGCUGUAUUCCUGGAACUCGGAAGGGAACCAGUUCUCUGUAACGCUGGAAGCCCCAUAUGCGGACCACAUCACUUCAGCUACUGCAAGGUCUCUGAACUCCAGCAAGAGCUUGAUUGCUCUGUCCGUAGAGUCCAGCUCCCAGAUUUAUGAGCUAACCACUAUUUCCAACCAGUCAGAUUUUAUACCUAGUUCAGGUGAAUUGAUAUUUGAGCCUGGGGACAUGGAAGCUGUGAUAGCAGUCAAUAUCCUGGAUGACAUCAUCCCAGAGGAGGAAGAAUGCUUCAAAGUGUGGCUGAAAAACCCAAAGGGAGGUGCAGAGAUUGGUGUUCAUGGUUUUGUUAACAUAAUUAUUCCUUCCAAUGACAAUGCCUAUGGAGUCAUUGCAUUUGCUCAGAGUUCUUUAUUUAAGCAAGUUGAAGAAAUGGAACAUCACAGCUUAAUCACUUUGAAUAUUGAACGUUUAAUAGGAACAUAUGGACGAGUUACAGUAGAGUGGGUCGCUAAUGGGAGCAUAAGCGAUGUAUUUCCAGCUUCAGGAAUGAUUACGUUUUCAGAAGGUCAGGCCCUGUCCACAAUCACCCUGACAAUUCUCGCAGACAGUGUUGCAGAGCUUUCAGAGACCGUGGAAAUCACACUCACCCACGUAACCACUGUUGGCGUCCAGGAUACCACAAAAGGAGCUGUCAUCGAUCCCAAAAGGGCAAGAGCUGUACUUACCAUUUUACCCAGUGACUCUCCACAUGGUGUGGUUGGGUGGCAUAUGGAGUCUCUCUUUGUUAAAGUCACAGAGCCAGAAGUGAAUUCAACUGCUCUUACUUUACAAAUUGUUCGAGAGCAAGGGUUUGUUGGAGAGAUUGCCAUUCAGCUGAGCACUGUGCCUAACUUGGAACUCCCGCUUGCCAACCAAGCAACAGAGAAUGAGGAUUAUAUGCUGGAAAAUAAGACAAUCAUUAUGGCAGAGAACGCAACAAUAACUUCAGUUGUAGUCACUAUUUUGCCUGACGAUGUUCCAGAAUUACAGGAAGGAUUUAUAAUCAAUAUUACUGAUGUUCAACUCGUCAGUUCUCCCACUGGAGGUCAGCCAAGCGUGAAGAGGCUUGGGUUAGAAAUAGCUGAAAUAACAAUUGAAGAAAAUGAUGAUGCCAGAGGAGUGUUUAGUUUCAAUGUUACAAAGGAUAUAACUGGAGCUGUUGCUGGGUAUGAGGUACCACCACCACAGAAUAUACUGAAACUUCCACUUGUUAGACAGGCUGGGAGGUUUGGGUCAGCAACUCUGUAUUGGGAAGCCAUUCAUUUAACUGCUAGCUUUGAAGACUUCACACCAUCAUUUGGAAACCUUACAUUUGCAGAUGGGCAGGCUACAGGAGAAAUAGAAAUUACGAUCAUAGAUGACAGUGAAGUUGAAUUCCUUGAGAUAUUCAGGAUUGCCCUGGUGAGGGUAACGGGUGGUGCCAGGCUUGGGGAUGACACCCUGGUAACUGUCGCUGUUCCACCAAAUGAUUCCCCUGUUGGAGUAUUUGGGUUUGAAGAAAAGAAUGUAACAGUGAGGGAACCUCAGACACCCGAUGAUUCUGCUGCUGUUGUAUUGCUCACAGUGAGUCGCAGCCAAGGAGGACGAGGAGCAGUUAAAGUGUUAUGGAUUCUGGAGGAAGCAGCCAGAUAUGAUCUGACCCCUCUGAAUGGUACCCUGCACUUCAAUGAGACUGAAUCCCAGAAGUCAAUUGUUUUACAUGCCAUCCAAGAUGGUCUGCUGGAGGGGAAUGAAACAUUUACCAUUCAGCUAGUCUCUGCUGGUGAUGCAGAGAUAUCCCCUGUAAAUGGUACUGCAACCAUCAUUAUUGUGGGUGAUGAAGGAGCUUCUGGGGUGGUUGGGAUAGCCCUUUCAUCCAAGCAUGUUCUGAUUGGAGAACCUUCAGGAAAUUAUAAUGGAACUGCUCUUAUUAGCCUUAUACGUGGCCCAGGGAUUUUUGGUGAGAUCGUAAUUUAUUGGAAUAUAACACCGCCUCAUCAAACAGAAUUUGUGGAGACAUCAGGGAACUUGACAAUGCGAGACAGGCAGUCUGCAGCAGUUGUUCUAAUACAGGCUGUAGAUGACAACCGUCCUGAGGAGAAGCAUUACUACAAGUUUCAGCUAACUGGAAUCAGUGAUGGAGGACUCAUAAAUGAGUCUAGCAGCACAGCAAACAUUAUAAUGGCUGCCAGUGAUUUUCCAUAUGGGGAGUUUACAUUUUCACAGGAACUACUGCAAACAACAGAAGAAGAAAAAUGGGUAUAAGAUUAAAAUACCUUCUGAUGUAAAAUAUUGAUAGAUAUCAAUAUUCCAUUUUUUAAAGGUUCCAGGGGAUCCUAUGGCAAAGUGCGUCUUUGCUUUGAGAUAAUAAAUGGUACUGCAGAGGAGGGAACUGAUUUCACUCCCACAGUAAGGGAAUUGUUGUUUGACCCACAUGAGGAGAGUAAAAUGAUUUUGAUUGAAAUUCAUGAUGAUGACUUUCCUGAAGGUCCUGAAGACUUUUCAGUGAUGAUUGCCGAAGUGGAACUCCAAGGAAGUGGAUUUGAUUUUACUGUGAAAGAAAAUGGUCUACAGCUGGAUCAGCCUCCCAUCAUAGGAAAUAUCUCCACAGUACGAGUCACUAUAGCAAAAAGUGAUAAUGCAGAAGGCAUCAUAGAAUUUGAUCCACAGUAUAUCCUUCUACAGGUGGAAGAGGAUGCUGGAUUAAUCAUGAUUCCUGUUGUGAGAAAGCGUGGAACUUAUGGCUAUGUAACAGCUGAUUUUCUUUCUCGAAGUAUAUCUGCACUUCCUGAUGGUGUUGACUAUGCCAUCCAUAAUAAUUCUGUCAUUUUUCAUCAUGGCCAGAACCAGACUUUUAUUUAUAUUUCUAUUGUAGAUGAUGAAGAAAGCGAAUUUGCAGAGCAAUUUGAAAUCCAGCUGACAGGAGCCACUGGUGGAGCAGUCCUUGGGCUCCAUCUACUGAGCCAGGUCACUAUUGCUAAAAGUGACUCCCCCCAGGGCACCGUCCGAUUUCUCAACCAAAGUCGAAUUAUUCUUCCCAAUCCUGAUACACCCACGACAGUGUCCCUGGUGCUGGAAAGGACUGGAAGAUUAUUAGGGGAGACACAGAUUAAUUGGGACAUCAUGGGACCAAAUUCAGAAGAGAUUUUAUCUCCCGUGAACAGCGACAUUGGCGACCCUGUGAGUGGAUCAUUUUAUUUUGGAGAAGGAGAAGGAGGUCUGAGAGCUAUUAGUCUACAAAUCUAUCCUCACGAAGAGGUUGAAGUUCAGGAGAACUUCAUUAUCAGACUGAGCCUUGUGAAAGGUGAAACAGAAAUAGAUCCUAAGGCAAACAACAUUACACUAAUAAUACAGAAGUUUGGUGAUCCCAAUGGAAUUGUACAGUUUGCUCCUGAAUCAUUAAUUGAGUAUAACUGUACAGAACCCUCAGCAGCGGAAGGGCCACAAAGUAUUACACUGUUUGUGAGACGAAUUCAAGGCACUUUGGGAAACAUAACGGUUUACUGGGAAAUACAUAGCGAUUCUGACACCACAGGGGACUUUCUUAGGACAGAGGGUUCUGUUGUCAUUGCUGACCAGCAGAGUACAGCCGAGAUAAUUAUCUACCUGUUACCUGAUGAUGUUCCAGAACUGGAUGAAAACUAUAUGGUGCAGCUGAUUUCAGUAGAAGGUGGAGCAGAUUUAGACGAAGAGAAAAGAAUUUCGCAGAUCAAUGUUUUUGCAAAUGAUGAUCCCUAUGGAGUGUUUGCCCUGUACUCUGAUCAGCAGUCAGUACUCGUAGAGAAAAACCUGGAUCGCUAUGUUCAGAUCAAUGUAACUCGGCAUGCUGGGGCAUUUGGAGACGUGGUUGUUGAGUACCAUAUCUUGUCUCAUCAUGACGAAGCGCUAAUUGCACCUGAGAAUGAGGUGGGAUACCUCACAGUAAAAGAUGGUGCCAGCUUUGGACUGAAAAGAGUGCCAAUAAGCAGCCAGGCAUUUCUUUUACUGGGCUUGAAUUUUACUCUGGAACUGAUUAGUGUAAGCCUGGCUGGGGGAAGUGCCAAUGAUGUGCCUAAAAUAUUAGGAAAAGCAAAGUCAGCUGUUCUGCUUAUUCCUGAGGAAGCUGCCAAUUCACAGGUUGGCUUUGAAUCUGUGAUUUUGCGACUUACAGACAUUGUAGCAGGGACAGGCCAGGCUGUCAUAAUCAGAAAAGGAGUUUAUGGCUCUGUAAUCGUUAGCUGGGUUUCAGGAUACCCACCAGACCUAAUGACUGACUUUGCUCAGCCAGGCAAUAUUACUCCUCCAUUUGGUACUGUUGCAUUUUCCUCUGGUGAGCAAAGUAAAGUAAUUUCAUUUCAGGCUACUCCAAGCCGAAAUCAACGUGAGUCAUUUGCCAUCACUUUAACAGCAGCGCACAGCAAUGUACCUGGUGGGGCUCGCCUGAGAUCAGAGUUUACAAUAGCUGAAAUUGAGCCAAUGGGGAUCUUUCAGUUUACUUCUAACUCGAGAUCUGUUACAGUUGAAGAAGAUGUUCAGGUAGUGAUACUACAUGUCCAAAGAUUGUUUGGUUUUCAAAGUAAUCUCACUAAAUUGACAUAUCAGACGAUUCCAGGAAGUGCCAAACCCUUAGAGGACUUUAUACCCAUCUACAACGGAGAGCUUAUGUUUUUACCUUUUCAGACAGAUGCUGUGAUAGAAAUAUCAGUAAUUGAUGACAAUGUGUCUGAAAUGGAGGAAUUUUUUUUGGUAAAUUUGACUGCUGUGGAAAUUUUGGAUGUUCAGCCUGUGAAUCCUGCCUGGAGUCCACGUCUGAAUCCAGCUUUCAGUGUUGCAACAGUUAAUAUUUUGGCUAAUGAUAUUCUUCACGGAAUACUAAGUUUGGGGCCAGAGUUUAUUUACGUGGAAGAAGAUGCCAACAACAGUACCCCUAACACAGUGAUGCUUCAUAUCAGACGGACCAAAGGUUUUACAGGUGAUAUUGAAGUAACCGUUAAAACCUUUGGAGGAUUGAGUGCACAGAGCGGAGUAGAUUCAUAUCCUUUUGGAAAUGUUUAUGGAAAAUCAAACUUCACAUGGGCAGCGGAAGGAGAAGAUUUUGAGGAACAGUCAGUCUCUCUGACUUUGCUGGACGGAGAAAGAGAAAGCAAGCUGUCCAUAAGAAUUUUUGAUGAUGAUGAGCCCGAAGGACAGGAAGUGUUUUAUGUUUUCCUCUCAAAUCCUGAACAUGGAGCUCAGAUUGUGGAAGGAAAGGAUGAAUACGGAUUUGCUGCUUUUGCAACAGUAAUUAUUGCAGGAAAUGAUCUCCAGAACGGCAUUUUGGGGUUCAUUCCAGAAGUACAAAGCGGUCUUGUACUUGAUGAAGACUCAGAAGACAGAGAGGUGCUGCUGAUGGUCGCAAGGCAACCAAACAGGGCUUUUGAAGAUGUGAAGAUCUUUUGGCGUGCGACCUUUAAUAAAACGUCUGUUGUCCUUCUGAAGGAUGGUGUGAACUUGGAGAAAGAACUUGUCUCUGUGCUGGGAGCCACUACCUGCAUGGCAGGUCAAACAAUAUGCAACAUCUCCAUUGAAAUAAAACCUGAUAAUGUACCUGAAUUUGAAACAAAUUUUUUUGUUGAGCUGUAUGCUGUAAGCACAGGAGCUGCAUUGAACAGCAGUGCCAGAUUUGCUUUAAUAACAGUCCUUGAAAGUGAUGCUCCUCAUGGUUUAGUGUAUUUUGCUGUGGGAUCUCGUUUUGCUGUGGCUCAUAAGAGGACAACUUUAAUCAGUUUGCAGGUGCUUAGAGAUUCUAGUACAUCGGUAACCACAACGGUUAGCUACAGCAUGCAGGUUUUGAGGGUGCGUGCCCAGGUACCCAAGUGUCGAUAUAAUAUCAAGGUUAUGGCAACUGACAAAAAGAGCAAGAAUUUGAAGAAUGAAACUGUAUCUGCAAACCUCAUGGAAGUAUCUCCAGCUGUGGCAGGACAAGAUUUUGCCAGAUCUGAAGGGUUAUUGACUUUUGAACCUGGACAGAGAAAUACGUUUCUGGAUGUGACCCUGACUCCAAAGACAGCAUCUUUAAACCCAUUUCCUAAACGUUUCCAGGUUGUACUUUCUAAUCCCACAGGCGGUGCCAGAGUAGAUUAUGUCUAUGGUAUUGCUAACAUCACCAUUGUCUCAGAUUUGGACUCCUUGCCAGUUUGGGGACUGAUUGAUCAACUACAUCAGCCUCUUGAUGACACCAUUUUACACAGAGUCCUCCAGAAUCUGAAUGUCAAAGUGGCUACAGAAACUACAGAAGAGCAGCUCACUGCUGUGGUGCAUAUAAUAGACAAGGUUACAGAUGUAGGUGAAAAACGGUUACUCACUGAUAAAAGUAGAAGUCUUUUCUAUGAGAUACUCUGUGCUCUGGCUAGCCCCAAACGUGAGGACACGCGAGGAUAUAGCCUGCUUGCUGAGGUGACUGAGAAGUUUGCUUUUUCCCUGUUGACAGGGAUAAUGUGUGGAUCACCAGGAGAAAGAGGUAAAAAUAUCCUUGACAGCUGCCCAUAUAUUGCAAUAAUGGCUCACAACUGGUUUCCUCAGCAAAUCAAUGGACACAGAUUUAAUGGAAAAGAUGGGGAUUCUAUUCAAGUACCUGAACAUUUAUUAGAGGUCUCUGUUGUAUUAUCUCCUCCUCAAGAAGAGAACUGUGAAUCUGUACAGUUCACAGAAUACAGCAGUCAGCAGUGGUUCCUUACUGGAGAUAAAGAACUUGCUCUGAAGAACAAGGUUUUUUCUAUGAGUUUGAAGGGUCAGAGUUCACACCCUUUGAAAGGUAACAAUGAAGUCAUUUAUCGGAUUUAUGCUACAGGAAGUCGGAUUGUUCCGCAGAAGUCUCUAUGUCUCCUCUGGAAUCAAGCUGCUGAAAGCUGGCUGUCUGAUAGCGGGUUCUGCAAAGUGGUUGAUGACACGUCAGACUACGUGGAAUGCUCUUGUUCUCAUAUGUCCAUUUAUGCAGUUUAUGCCCAAACAGAUAACUUGUCUUCAUAUAACGAGGCUUUCUUCUCUGCUGGAUUCAUCUGUAUUUCAGGUUUCACUUUGGCUAUUGUCUCCCACCUUUUCUGCACCAGGUGUGCAAUGUUUGCAGCUAAACUUCUCACUCACAUGAUGGUUGCUUGUUUGGGUACUCAGAUUUCAUUUCUGGCCUCUGCUUACUUGAGCCAACAUCUCUCAGAGGAAAGCUGCUCUGCCCUUGCAUCUGUUACCCAUUACCUUUACCUCUGCCAGUUCAGCUGGAUGCUUAUUCAGGCUAUUAAUUUCUGGUACAUCCUGGUGAUGAAUGAUGAACACACAGAGCGGCGCUAUCUGCUUUACUUCCUUUUGAGUUGGGGGCUUCCAGCUUUUGUGGUCAUCCUGCUUUUAAUUAUCCUGAGAGGAAUCUAUCAUCACAGCACAGCACAGAUUUAUGGCCUGGUCUACAGUGAUUUGUGCUUCAUUCCAAAUGCCUAUGCUGCUCUCUUCACUGCUGCUCUGGUGCCAUUAAUGUGCUUGGUAGUGGUUUUUGUGGUGUUCAUCCACGCCUACCAGGUGACCCCGCAAUGGAAAGCGUACGACGAUAUUUUCAGAGGAAGAACAAAUGCUGCAGAGAUCCCCUUGGUCUUGUACCUUUUUGCCCUGAUUUCCAUCACCUGGCUGUGGGGAGGGCUGCACAUGGCUUAUCGGCACCUCUGGAUGUUGGUCUUCUUCAUCAUCUUCAACAGCCUGCAGGGCCUUUAUGUCUUUGUGGUAUAUUUUAUCCUGCACAACCAACUUUGCUGUCCUGUGAAAGCAAGUUAUACCGUAGACAUGAAUGGGCAUACAACUCCAGGAUCGGCUUUCUUCACACAUGGCAGUGGUCUGCCAGCUGCAGGUGGAGAGAUCAGCAAGUCCACUCAGAACCUCAUCAGUGCUAUGGAAGAGGUGCCUGCAGACUGGGAGAGGGCAUCAUUGCAGCCUGCUAGUCAAGCUAGUGCUGCCUUUAAGCAAAGUCCACAAAAUGGCAAUAUUUUCCACCCUUCUGGAGGAUUUAGUACCAGCUCACUGGUUGCUGAUGAGGAAUCACAGGAGUUUGAUGACCUAAUAUUUGCUCUAAAGACUGGUGCAGGUCUCAGCAUCAGUGAUAAUGAAUCUUGUCAUGGCAGCCAGGAUGGUGGCAGCAUGGCUAACUCCCAGAUCGUAGAGCUUAGAAGAAUACCCAUAGCAGACACUCACCUCUAACUCCAUGGCUUGCUUGGUUUUUUGUUGUUGUUUUUUUUUUAAUUCAAGCCUCAGUAUUUUUAUAUUUGUACUUUCUUUUGCACUAAAACACUAUAUGAAACUGUGUAGUAGAAUGCUGUGACCUUUACUGAAUGUUUAACAAUGAAUGUUCGCUUGAGGUUUUGUAUAUCAGAAAAUAAACUAAAUUUUUUACAGUGGCUGA